AUGCUACAUAGCUUCGUCGUAGCCAGGCUCCUUCCGCACCUGCCUGAAUGGACUCCAGCUGGACGGAAAGUCGCAUCCUCGAUCGUCACCAAGCCGUUUCUCGCCCUCCACCUCCGGGAUACUGAUCCAAACUUUGUACGGGUGCCGAAUCUCUUCGUGAUCACCCGCGAGAGGCCCCAUCUACCGUGGAGCGAAUAUUUCGUGCUCGAUUCGCUUUCGGAGGCAAGGGCGUGUGCGCGCACCUUGAACGUCGUGCCCCCGCUCCCGUUCAGAGGGCCUUUGUAUCUCUCCGUCACGCCUAGAAUUUGCGCUACAUUUGACGGAGUUGGGGAUGAAUCCGUUCAACUGCUCAAGAACGUGGACUAUCAGCUAGACAGGACCAGCUUUGAAACGUUCAUCCAGGGGUGGCAAGAUGCCGGACCCUCCGUCGCGAUAGCCGGGACGACGGGGGGAGACGACGAGCCCGGAAGCCGAUGGGAUACCUGGAGCGGCCAGUCUCCCAGAGAGACGCCAGGUAUCUUGUUUGGAGAUCGUGAAGUUCAGUUCAGAUUCGAAGCCCUCCCUAUGAAGCAGCUCCCCGGAGAAUUCGAAACUACCGUAUUCGACGAGCUACCAUUGAUACGUCAACUGACGUUGGACUAUACUUGGAAGAGCUGCAACACUGCUAUACUAUAUAUCAAGUCUGUACGGGAGGCAAUGCCUCGACUCCUCUCAUCUGGCCAAAUAUUCCGUCAACCUCGCCUGAUACCUCUCGAAGACGCGUCGCCGAAUCCAUUCGUCGAGUCCAGAAGACCAUGUACGUCUCAUUUGCAGUCCCUCCCAGUAGUGCACGAUGGCGAUCCAAAGGUAGAGCCCGAGAGCGAAGACGGCGAAUGGGACAAUGAGCCAGAUCUGGAGUUGGACAUGGCCAAAGCGACGCCCGCAAUCGUACCCAAGGAUAUCAAAAUUGUCCUAAUCGACCCUCAUAUACUCAUGGAUCGGGACGGGCCGUUACAAACAGCUCUUUCUCACAUUUUCCCCCCAUCCCAAAGUUCGCUUUCGGCGAAGGAGCUGCUCGAUCUAUACAUCGAAUACGAAAGCCUUGGGACCAUCGAUCAACAUCCGAUAUCCGUGAUCAACGUAGUUCGCAGUGUUGCUCGUUAUUUGGGCGCCUCGGUGGACGAGAUGACGGUUGACGAUGCAAUGGAGUCGUAUGGAAAAGCGACGCAACGCCCGGAAGGUCAAACACUGAUCACCAAGUUACGAGAGCGAGGCUACACGCCCAUGGCCAUCCCAUCUACAGCCAAGGAAACAGUCGUACGAUACGACGGUCUUUCGAUCGAGUUAUAUUCCCACCCGAUCUUAGAGGAAGCCCCAUCGCAGAAGCCCUUCGCAGAAUUAUGGCCACAAGCUUUGUCGUUCUGCAAGACAUUCGAUUCCGGCAUUCGCCCCGACCAGAUUCUCGUUGUAUCGUCCGACCUAUACCGAGUUUGUGAGACUGCAAGUCAAGCUGGCUUUCCGACCGCUUUCAUCAAAGCCGAAGGCACACGCAGCGCCAAGCUAAAAAUCCCAACGAUAGCGCCUACGUAUACCCUGUCAUCUUUACUUCAUCUGUUAACCGUCCUAGACGAACCUUUGGUACCCGCGACUUCACCCAAGGUGUCCAGGCAGAAUCCGCCCUUUCGCGUGAAGGACAAUUACCGGUGCACGUUUUUGUUGGGAUGCGGGUCAUUUGCAUACGUCUGGAAUGGUAUUCAUGUGCACACGGGAGCCGGCGUCGCCUUGAAAUUCGAAGUCAUGGAUCCCUCAGUUCCAUCAACGUUGCCCUAUGAAGCAGCGAUAUACGCUCAACUUGAGGGCAUUGAGGGCAUUCCGCGUAUUCGUUGGUCGGGGCAGGACAAGAACGCGAACGUAAUCGUAAUGGACAAGCUCGGGCUCAAUCUCGAGCACCUGCGGCGCUUCUGUCGAGGUCAAUUGGGGUUAAAGACCAUCCUGAUGCUCGGUGAACAGAUGCUCUCGACAAUUGAACACGUUCAUGCCAGGGGUAUCGUUGUGCGCGAUAUCAAACCAGAGAACUUCGCAAUGGGCUAUCUGGAAGAUUAUCAGCGAUUGUACCUCUUCGAUAUGGGCUUGUCCAAACUUUAUCUCGAUCCAACUACGGGAAAGCACAUACCGUUUCGCGAAGGACGUGGAGGGAUUGGUACCCCGCGAUAUGCUAGCCAUAACGUUCAUUUCGGCCUAGAACCCAGUAGGCGAGAUGAUGUUGAGGCCAUUGGCAUCCUCCUUCUCUACCUUCUUCACGGCCGUCUCCCUUGGCAAGGGAUCUGCGCUCCCGAUAUUCCAGCAAAGCUACGCCGUAUUGGAGAGAUGAAACGGGGUGGCCGCUUCACAGAUCUACUCGCGCGUUCGCCGGCGUUUUUCACGCCAUUCUUUUCGCAUUGCCGCGCACUGAAGUUCGAGGAGAAGCCUGACUAUGCAAUUUUGAGGAAGCUACUGAGAGAGGAGAUGAAGGACAAUGGGUGGGAGUAUGACUGGAAAUACGACUGGUGGCAACCAGGAGAGAGGGGCACCUUGCUGCCCGAUGAGUACCAAGUUCACUCACGCUUCGUAGAGCCGAUACGGCAUACACUUGAUACGUGGUAA